AUGCGACAAAAGCAGUUGAAUAAUACCAACAUAAUUAAUGAACUAACAACUCUGUCAAAAAUGGCUUGUUUUUUUGGUGAGAAAAACCCCAAAUUUUUGCCAAAAAGAAGUCGAGAAAAGGUGGGGCGUCUGAAAGAUGUUGUUUUGGCGUUAUUACCAUCGAGCAGAAGCUCCAAAAAUUCAGAGAAUUUCGAAACUUUGUCAAUUGGGGAAAACAUGUUGUCUACUGAUUGUAAUCAGACCACGACAGAUUCUUCCGAAAAACAGUCCAAAAAGCCUUGCAAAUUUGCAUCCCGCAAACUAAGAGAUUACCAGACUUGUCAGCAAGGUAUUUUCAUUGGUCUUUUAAACAAGUUUUGUGAUAUUACCAUAAUAAAACCACCAAAGAAAGCAGUCAUUACACACCAAUUUGUGAAGAUUAAAACAAUAUCCUUUAAUUUUGAGGACUUCAUUGACAUUGAAGAGUUUUUACAAAGGCGAUGUAACGAUCAUAAAUUUGACGACAUGAAGCAGGGUUGUUCAGAGAAGACUGCAAAUAGGCGGUUCCAGACCAACAAAAAGACGGAAGCUUUACAUCUUCUGUUGGACGUGUUGGGAGAAGUUGGCUACUUUUUCGAGGUGAACACAACAAAGGGCAAGAAAGGGACAAUGAAGCUUCAAAACGUCGAACGGAUAUAUCAGAAUGAAAAGUAUCUCUUUGGUAUUGAUGAAAUCUAUGAUGUUGGCUUUAAAAUUAACGAAGUGAUGAAUGUGUCUUGCCAAAGCUCGAUUCUCAAGUCCAAAAAAUGUUCAUUGAAAAUGAACAACAGCUGUAACUUAUUUAAUCGGCCUAGAGAUGGACUAACACUCGUAAUAAAAGAAAACAACGUUAGGGGGUGUUUUCACCUGAAAAUGUUUAUUGUAACAAACCAAAAGGUAAAGGGGUAUAAACAUUUUGAAGGUCUUUUUGCUGGAGUCAAAAAGCGGUAA